UUCGAUUUGGGCUCAAAAUUUUGAACUUUUUCUUCAAAAAUAAAAAAAUCCCCACCAUUUCUAGUUCCCUCUCUGUGCUAUAAUCAGUAGCCAGCAGAGAACAAGUAGAUUCUGUGUCACUUCACAUCACCCAUCUGGCGGCAGUUGUGUUUUCUCCUUCUCUGGUCUAGCACAUGUCCUCUUUCAGAACUGCACAAAUUCACCUUGUGAGCUCUCAUCGUGAGGUUUAUGAACCCUGUGAUGAUUCAUUUGCUUUGGUUGAUGCACUUCUAGCUGACCGAGCUAACUUGUUAAACCAUAAUCCAACAUUGUGCUUGGAAGUGGGCUGUGGUAGUGGCUAUGUUAUAACAUCUCUUGCUCUUAUGCUGGGAAAGGAAGCUUCUGGAACUCACUAUAUUGCUACAGAUAUCAAUCCUCAUGCAUUGAGGGUCACCCAGGAGACUCUAGAAGCUCAUGGGGUUCACGCAGAGUUGGUAUCCACAGACAUUGCAUCUGGUAUGGAGAAGCGACUGGCUGGAAUUGUCGAUGUGUUGGUUGUGAAUCCACCCUAUGUUCCAACACCUGAGGAUGAAGUGGGUCGUGAAGGAAUCGCCUCUGCUUGGGCGGGAGGGGAAAAUGGCCGCAGUGUUAUUGAUAGGAUAUUGCCAGUUGCAGAUGUUCUUUUGUCUGACAAAGGCUGGUUCUACAUGGUUACUCUUACAGCAAACAAUCCCUCUCAGAUAUGCCUUCAAAUGAGAGAGAAGGGGUAUGCUAGUAGGAUUAUUGUCCAGAGAUCGACUGAAGAAGAGAGUCUUCAUGUGAUCAAGUUUUGGAAGGAUGCUGAUCUUCAAGUUGAUGGAAAAGAAUCAACUCAUAGAACAGGUCCUGGUCGGGUUGUGGAGUCUCUAAUUUCACAAUUCCCUCGUCUCUCUUUCUGGAGAAACAGUAACAGCAACACUAACAGAUGAAUGGGUUAUCGGCGUACGUUGCUAGGGACUUGAGGCUCAUUCAUCUACACAUCCUCCAUUGUUAAGGAGCAACAAGAAGUUGACAACGAGUCCAAUCUUACAAAUUUGUGCAUUCACCAGGUGCAUAUAAUUCGCCCUUUUUGUAUAUGCAAAUAUCUUUAUUUGAUCCUAUAACUGCUUAAAGAUCUGUCACAGUAGUCAUUGCCUUAACUGUCACUUGAUGAUGCUUGAAACUUCAAAGUUCAUAGGAAAAUUUCCUUGUCGAGAUAUUGCUGAAAAACUAUCGUCAAUUGGACUGUUGCAGUUGCAUAGUAACAAUUUGUUGGAAGGUUUUUGUUGCGUUGAUCUCAACUCAAACUAGUUCUCUAUCCCAUUUAUAGAACGUUUAACGUUGAAGAUUA